UCGUGUCGAAAGUGCGCUGCUAAAUUUCAGGGUCGCCAUGUUUGUGUCGAAUCUGGCGAUGAGGAAGUUAAAAUGCGUCCAUAGACGUCACUCAUUUGCAAGCUACUAUGGCAGCCACCAAAGCCUCCAAAGAACAGAAAUAUGACAGGCAGCUCAGGCUGUGGGGUGACCAUGGUCAAGAAUCACUGGAGAAUGCACAUGUUUGUCUUAUCAACGCCACAGCAACUGGAACAGAGAUACUGAAGAACCUAGUGCUUCCAGGUAUUGGAGCAUUCACCAUAGUUGAUGGACAAACUGUUACUGGGGAAGAUGUUGGAAAUAACUUUUUCCUGAGCAACAACAGCAUUGGAAAGAACAGAGCACAGGCUGCCACUGAACUACUUCAAGAACUUAACAGUGACGUCUCUGGAAACUUUGUUGAGGAGAGUCCAGACAAACUUAUGGACAACGAUCCAGAGUUUUUCCACAGGUUUACCGUAGUCAUUGGAGUCCAGUUGCCAGAAAGCACAUGUUUGAGGCUAGGCUCCGUUCUGUGGAGUGCGUCUGUACCUUUUCUAGUCUGUAAAACCUACGGACUGAUCGGCUAUAUGAGACUAGUGGUUCAGGAGCAUACAGUGAUUGAAUCUCACCCAGACAAUGCCUUGGAGGACCUGAGGUUGGAUCAGCCUUUUGACGAAUUCAGGGACCACCUUCAGUCCUACGAUCUUGACAGCAUGGACAAGAAGGAUCACAGUCACACACCGUGGAUUAUUAUUGUUGCUAAAUACCUAGAGAAAUGGCUCAGUGAGCACAACUGUCAACCACCGAAAACUUACAAGGAGAAGGAGGCCUUCAGACAGUUCAUUCGGGAAGGGAUCCUAAAGAACGAGAACGGCAUCCCUGAGGAUGAAGAAAACUUUGAAGAAGCUAUUAAGAAUGUCAAUACUGCUUUAAACUCAACCAAGAUUCCGUGUGCAGUUGAAGACCUCUUCAAUAGUGAGCAGUGUAACAACAUCACAUCACAGACUCUGCCUUUCUGGGUGAUGCUGCGAGCUGUGAAGGAGUUUGUUCUCAAUGAAGGCAGUGGAAGCCUGCCUUUGCGGGGAACCAUCCCAGAUAUGAUUGCCGACUCUCAGAAAUUCAUCAACCUCCAAAAUGUUUACAGGGAAAAGGCCAUGCAGGAUGCAGCAGCUGUUUCUAAGCAUGUGGAAUACCUACUGCACUCUGUUGGAAAGCCACCAGAGAGCAUCUCUGAAAAGGACAUCAGACUGUUCUGCAAGAACUCGUCCUUUCUGAGGGUGGUGCGCUGCAGAUCUUUGGCUGAAGAAUACAGUGUGGAUUCAGUCAGUAAAGAUGAAAUCACCUCAUGCAUGGACAAUCCAGAUAGCGAGAUGGUCUUCUACCUCAUGCUUCGGGCUGUCGAUCGCUUCUAUCAGCAACACUCUCGCUACCCAGGAGUUUAUAACUACCAGGUGGAGGAGGACAUCAUUAAGCUGAAGCUCUGUGUAAACAGCCUGCUGCAGGAGUACAGCCUCAACGUCAACAUCAAAGACGAUUACAUCCAUGAGUUCUGUAGAUACGGUGCAGCAGAGCCACACACAGUUGCUGCAUUUUUGGGAGGAUCUGCAGCUCAGGAGGCCAUCAAGAUCAUCACCCACCAGUUUGUGCCCUUCAGCAACACUUUCAUUUACAACGCAAUGUCACAGACCUCGGCCACAUUCCAGUUGUGAAUGCAGUUACUGAUCCUGUGUCAGAAAUGUCAGAGAAUAUGGAAAGAUCAAAUGAGACAUUUACCAACUUGCUUUAUCGUCUUUAUCAGACUUUUGAACUAAGAUUGCAUUUUCAUCACACUGGAGUGGGAUAACUACCCAAAUAUGUGCACUUCAACCUAAAAAUGCUCCUCAUACGGUCAGACUAAAAACUGUAUAAGCCUCCUUUGUUAAAGUUGUUGAAGGAGGUGAAAUGAGGUCUAGAGGAUUUCUUUGUGGCUGACAUUAAACAAAGCUGAAAAUGAAAUAAGCAAAUUCAAAAUUUCCAUAUCGCGUUUUCAUCUGUGAAAUACAUUUAAUGUAUUAAAAUGUAGCAGCACUUUGUAUGCUUUAGUUACAACCGGCUCUUGUUGGUUUGUGUUUGGAACAAGGUGGAAGUCUUUUGGUUAAAAUGAAAAAAAAAAAAUAUUUCAUAUUGAGUGUUGAACUCUUAUGUAUUGCCAUAAAAAUAUUCCAUAUUUUAAAUUGUUUGCUUUCACGUUAAACAUGAUACUGACACAUGUUCA